ACGUAAACACUAGCAAGUCUCCGUUCAUUCAGUGCUGUUAGCUAAAACGUUGCCUGUUAGCUUUUCCGGUUGUCCUCCUGAACUUUGGACCUUUCAGUUGGGACUGAAAUGGCCGGCUUCGCCCUGAGGAGCUCCGCUGCGUGGCGUUCUGUCCGGCUGAGCAGUUUACUCAGGACCAGUGUUUCCAUUCUGGGGCUCCACACCGCAGCGUCUCCUCUGAUGGGUGCGACAGUGGAGCAGUUUGAGGAGGCAAAGAGCAGACUGUCCACCUUGAAGAAAGAUCCAGGCAACGAGGUCAAGCUGAAGAUCUACGCUCUCUUUAAACAAGCCACUCAGGGUCCUUGUAACGCCCCCAAACCAGGGAUGCUGGACUUUGUCAACAAGGCCAAGUGGGACGCCUGGAAGUCUCUGGGUUCCAUAUCGCAGGACGAAGCCAGGGAGCAGUACUGUGACCUGAUUGGCUCCCUGCUGACAGCUGAGGGUCAAAGCGCCGCCCAGGUAGCUGCAAAGCCUACGGGAGGCGGAGCAGCAUAUGAGACGCUUUUGGUCACAACGGAGGAUGGCAUCACCACGAUCAAGCUGAACCGUCCGGCCAAAAAGAACGCCAUCACCACCGAGAUGUACAACGAGAUCAUUGCAGCUCUGGACCAGGCAGCUAAAGACGACUGCGUCAUCACCGUCUUUACCGGUGCUGGGGAUUUCUACUGCAGUGGGAAUGACCUCACCAAUUUCACUAAGAUCCCUGAGGAUGGGGUGGAGGCCAUGGCCCAGAGUGCUGGAGAUCUGCUCAGGAGGUAUGUGAAGGCAUACAUCGACUUCCCCAAGCCGCUGGUUGCCGUCGUGAACGGACCGGCAGUGGGCGUGUCCGUCACCUUGCUAGGACUGUUUGACCUGGUUUACGCUACAGAGAGGGCUACCUUCCACACCCCCUUCAGCCAGCUGGGCCAGAGUGCUGAGGGAUGCUCCUCCUACACCUUCCCCAAGAUGAUGGGCAAUGCCAAGGCCUCCGAGAUGCUGCUGUUCAACAAGAAGCUGACGGCAGCUCAGGCCUGUAGUCUCGGCCUCGUCACCGAGGUUUUCCCCGACAGCAGCUUCCAGUCCGAGGUCUGGAGCAGAUUGAAGGCCUACGCCCAGCUGCCUCGCAAAUCUCUGGCUCUGUCCAAGCAGCUGAUCCGCUCCAUAGAGAAGGAGCACUUGUACGCCGUCAAUGACGCAGAGGUGGAGCGCCUCAUGGAGCGCUGGACGUCAGAUGAGUGCUUCAACGCCAUCAUGAGCUUCUUCCAGGCAAAGGCCAAGCUCUGAUGGACCCCCCCCCCCCACCUCAGAACUAAAGCUUCAGCUCCUUCGUCUUCACAAGAAGUUACCGACAGCAGCUAACAAACAGAAGGACUUCUGAAACCCUCCUCAUCGUAGAUUCAUCCCUCCUGAGAAUGUUAAAAAGAAGAGGAGGCGUUCAGGUGAACUCCGUACUAUUCAGAGGUUUAUCUCUAAAUGCAGUUUCUGGAAUAAAACAUCUGCAGGUUCCAUAAGCAUCUUUUUACUGAGAAGGACAUUUUAACCUUUAGGUGUUUGUUAAGAGUUUCUGGAUUUGCUAAAACUCAUCUAGUUAUAUUUUAUAACAUUAUUGAACUAAAGUACAGAGAGUCAUAACAGAAAAAAAAUGUUUACCAGGUGCUAUGUUUCACUUUUACUGAAUAAAAAAGUGCCAGAACAAUCCACGACCCACUUAUUCAGAGUGGGUCUUUAAAUUCAUGUAUUUUUUAGCUUGUAACUUCAUUUAGAUCAGUUCUUAAAUUAAGGAGAGACUGUUGUUAUUUUCCCUUAAUGCAUAAAAAUUUAAAUAUAAUGGUAAAAUUGGGUGAAGGAUCAAUACAAAGUUUUUGCAGGAAGGGCUGAGUUAUAUUUCUGCUUUGACUGGACAAAUUGGCCUUCGGCUCCUGAAACAAACAUGUCCUCAUGUAAAGAAUAAGACAACAGACGCAUCAAACCUGCUGCUGGCAGAGCUGCAGGGUGUGGUUGCUUGUGAAAGGAGACCGUGGUGUUUUAUCUGUAAGGAGAACAGGUUUAAAACAUCUCCAUCCACAACACGUGUUUGAGAUGACUUUAACAUUCUCGUCCAGCUAGUGUGGACCACAGCUUAUCAUGGGUUUUAACUUGGUGUGCCUCAUGGCUCAGUUUGGGGGUUUGUCUUCUUUUCUCUGCCAUUGUUGCUCUGAUAUGUUUGCUAAAUAAAACUGUUUCAACUUAA